UCUGGCCGACCGCCAAACUCGGCCGCGGAUUCCGUAAGGGAGCAGCAGGAACCGGCGCCGUCUGGGAGGCAGCCGGAGACGGAGGAGACAGAGGAGGCAGGGUCUGGGGCAGGCCUGGAGGGAAUGCUCGCCAGGCUGCGGAGAGAGAGGGAGCGUGCGCGGCCACCGCCACGCAGCAAGAAUCAAGCGGGAGGGCGAGGUCAAAAUGGCGCUUUAAUGAACCAUAAUGGAGCUCCUAGUCGAAGUCCAACUAAUGGCAUGUACACUCGAAGGAUACCUGUGAAUGGAAAUAUACACCGCUCUCAUUCUCAAAAUGGAAUACCAGAGGACAACAAAUCAAGUAGUUCGGCCAAUGAUGCAUGGCGAACAUGGUCUCUUGACAAGAGUCGGUUUUCUGAUUUUGAAGCCGCUGAGAUCCAUCCUUUGAGCAGAAAACCACCAAAACAUGUUGACCUGAACACUGUGUUGAUAGAAGAUGAUGUUCCUGGACCAUCUAAUGGUGUGGUUAUAAAUGAUUAUCCUAGUGAUCAUGUAGACUCUGAAAGAGAUGAGAUACAUGCACGUUUUCAAAAUUUGGAAUUCGAUCUUGCAGAUUCUCUUAAGACAUUAAGAUCAAGAUUUGAUGGAAUUUCGUCAUAUAUGUCAAAUGGCGAAGAAGCAGAUGUGGUAAAUGGGUUCUCUGAUGAUUGGGAAUUUGAAGAGACAAAAGUAAUGCAUGCCCAGGAAGAAUUACGGACAAUCCGUGCUAAAAUAGCAGUAUUAGAAGGCAAGGUGGCGCUAGAAAUAAUUGAGAAGAACAAAAUAAUUGAAGAAAAGCAAACGAGGCUUGAUGAAGUUGAGAAGGCUUUGAGUGAGCUCCGCACAGUAUCUGUUGUAUGGCCCAAUCCUGCUUCAGAAGUUCUAUUGACCGGUUCUUUUGAUGGGUGGACAAGCCAAAGAAGGAUGGAACAAUCAGAAAGCGGCAUUUUUUCGUAUAACCUGAGGUUGUAUCCUGGUAGAUAUGAGAUUAAAUUUAUUGUUGAUGGUGUUUGGAAGAACGACCCGCUGCGCCCUACCGUGAACAACCAUGGGAACGAAAACAACCUUAUGAUUGUCACUUGACCUGCAUCCUUGUAGCAACUGUGUAGAUUAUAGAUUGUCAUCAACAAUGAUUGGUGCCAACUGAUUAGAUCUCUUCUUUCUUCCGUGUAGCUUAUCAGUUUUUCCCGCCUGUCGUUUCUUCAUUAUUUCUUAGAGAGCCACGCACAACUUCAGGGUGUUGUCUUCGCCCCGCUGAGAUGGGAGAAGAAUAUAGCUGUUGGUGUGUGUGUUCUUUC